AACACCACCUACUCAUUCAUUCUUACAGCUCAACCAGUUUCAUCACUCUUCUCUCUCUCUCUAUCUCUCACACAACAACAAGAAGAUGAAGCAUCUGAUCCGCCGUCUCUCCCGCGUGGCUGACUCCACUCACUACAAUCUCCUCCGGUCAGAUUCUCAACGACGGAGCCGCCGUUCAGAAUUUUCCCUCCGGUCUUCUAUGGCUCGCCGCUUAAAGAAACACAUGUCCUCUGUUCCUGAAGGACACGUGCCUGUCUACGUGGGAGAGGAGAUGGAGAGGUUCUUGGUGAGUGCAGAGGUGCUUAACCACCCGGUUUUCAUCGGUUUGUUGAAACGGUCGGCUCAGGAGUAUGGUUACGAGCAGAAAGGAGUUUUGCAAAUUCCUUGUCACGUUCUUGUUUUUGAGCGUAUUAUGGAGUCGGUUCGGCUUGGUUUAGCGGUUCCUAGUGACAUACAAGAUCUAAUCAGCGAGGAGUGUAUGUGAAGAAGCUUUAAUUUUAGAGGAAUCUUUGGUUAGGUAGAGAGAGAGAGGUGGAUCUGGUUGGUUUUUUUUUGUUCAGACACAGAGUAAUAAUACUUAGUUGGUGUUGAUGUAUAUAUGUUUGUUUGUUGCAAUUUUCCUAUUUUUCACCGGUUUAGUUAUCGGUUUGAAACUCUUGUGGAGAUAUAUAUAUGGAAAUUGCGUAAUUUCUGGUUUUAUUAUAUGAAGAACAUUCCAGCAUCUUUAAUUCUUUUUGGUACCUAUUGAGCCAAAAAAUGAGAGAGGGAUUUGAUGUUUCACCGAGAUUGUCAUAUUCGUCAAUUCCUUACCUAAGAAUUAGGUUAAUCUGCAUCUUAUUCAAUUUCUGUUAGUAUCGGUUUAAACUGAGCGGAAAUUGAAUAAAGCGUAUUAAGCAUUAGACUAAAAAAGAAGAAAUUA